GAGCGCUGCUCCCCAGGACUCAGCUCUCAUUCGCCUCUGCGCUUCGGCGGGGACGGGGAGCCGGGCCGAGUCAGAGUGAACACACACUCCCUGCGGGUGCAACUGAGUCGAGCGGUAGGACUGGCUUUACCCGAAAGGUCAACGCUCCCGCCCCAGGUCUCGGUCAUACCUGCCAUAAGGAGGGGUGGAGCCUCGGCGUGGAGCCCCGCCCCCUUAUAACGGCGCCCGUUCACUGCGCCUGCGCAUGCCACACGCGCACUCGCGUGGCCUUCGCGAAGGUGUCGCUGCCAAGAAACGUGUCCUGCGCGCUACGCCGUCUGUUUCUAGGGCAACGCCGGCGUCUCUUAGCAACCGCGCGCGGCCUAGGUGGGUCCCCCCGGAACCCCCAGACCUGCCAUGGCGACCGCGAGUCCUAGCGUCUUUCUACUCAUGGUCAACGGGCAGGUGGAGAGCGCCCAGUUUCCAGAGUAUGAUGACCUCUACUGCAAGUACUGCUUUGUGUACGGCCAGGACUGGGCCCCCACAGCGGGUCUGGAGGAGGGGAUCUCACAAAUCACAUCCAAGAGCCAAGAUGUGCGGCAAGCACUGGUGUGGAACUUCCCCAUUGAUGUCACCUUUAAAAGCACCAACCCCUACGGCUGGCCACAGAUCGUGCUCAGCGUGUAUGGACCAGAUAUGUUCGGGAACGAUGUGGUUCGAGGCUAUGGGGCCGUGCACGUGCCCUUCUCACCUGGCCGGCACAAAAGGACCAUCCCCAUGUUUGUCCCAGAAUCUACGUCUAAACUGCAGAAGUUUACAAGCCACCUUCAGGGCUGUCUGUCAAAGACAGCAGUGUUUCAAGAUGAAAGUGGCUUGAGUCCCUGAGUCACUGACUUCUGUGAGAAACUUCUGCGGGAAGCCGCUGAGACCUGGAGAUGUGUUACUGCAGCGUAACCAAGAGCAUCCCACACACCCUUCUUUCUCUCCUGUCCCCUGCACUGAACGGGCACCCCCUGCCACUAGUCCCUAGCCUCCUAGCUCUGAGUCAAGCUUGUCUCCUUAUCCUUGGGUGGACACCGGGAGCCAGGCACUUGCACAGAGAGCAGAGGGCUGCAGGGCAGUCCCAGGCCUCCCUCCAGGCUCGUCUCAAGGCCUCUCCAACCCUUCCCAUCAGGGUCUCCCAGCCACCUCUGCCUCGGCCUUGCCUCCUCCCGUGACCAGAGCACCUCUUCCACCUCUGCUGCCUGGAGAUGCACGUGUUCUCCCGCCGCUGCCCUCCUCUGGUUGGUGGCUCUGAGGCACAGGCCCUCUGUCGGUCAGCUGUUGCACAGCAAGCCACCUAAGAACCAGUGGCUCCAACAGGCCCUUCCUCUCAGGAACACGCAGUUGGCUGGGCAGCUCCACGCACUCCCUCCCUCUGUUGCCCCAGCUGACAGGCAGUGGCUUCCCAGAGCAGCUCUUCUGCAGCAUGGACACAAGAGGAGGCAGAGCACAGGAAGCCUCUGGGGACCCGGCACACUGUCACUUCCACCUCAUCCAAAGCAGCCUCCACCAGUGACAAGGCCGCAUUAAGAGGGCGGACACAGGAAGGGUAAAGGGCAGUGGCUAGCACCUCCCCCAGCACACCCGUGCAGGCCACCAGUCUCAGCACCUCACAAAAGGCAGGCCUCCCACCCCCUUUCCCUGAGGUUCAGGGGCAACCAAAUGCCCAGCUCACACGGGCACUAGGACCAGGCUGGUGGCCUCAAUAACUGCAGACCAAGCUCCACAAGAAUCGGCUCCCUCAUCUCCCGCCUCUCCAGUGGCACAGGACUGAUGAAGAUGGGGUGGGAGAAGGACACAGCCAGAAACCGCAUCAUGGUACAAAUGAUAAAUUAUAUUUAUACAGUAAAUAAGUAUCAACAGUCAACACAAGUUCAAAACCAGCCACCGGCCUCUGGGACUGAGAAACAGCUGGGUGACUUCCUCCACCACGGUGCCCAUCAGGAGGGAGCACGAUGGCACAGGUGCAACACGCGUGGCAGUGGCCAGUGGCUUCAUGAUCAGUGCAGUGGGCAACAGGGACAUGCACUCGGGAUGGCCUGUGCCAGAAGAUGGGGCAGGGGGCUGUCUUCUUGGGUCCCAGGGGCCCAGUGACUGUCAUGUUGGGGCCUCAAAGUCACAUCAUGAAGGACUCGUUACAAAAGAAUCACUGACCCCAAGUAGUCGAGUCUAGUCUACUGACCUGUAAGGCUGGCCCAGGCCCUGCACCGUCUGAAGGAAAGCACCUUUCUGGGCAAGCAUCCUGCCUCCCAUCCCAUUGCACCUCCCCACCCUUCCCCCGGCAGAAGAGACCAGCCACCGGCUUACCCAAAUGGCAGUGGGAGCCUAAGGCCCAGCCGCAGGCCUGCAGUUCUGGCAGAAGGUGGCUGCUCAGGAACUCUAGACACGGCUCCUGGGACUGGAGAGGGCGGCCUCAGGAACAGCAUGAGUGGGUGCAGUCCCCACUCAGAGCCUGCAUGUCCCAGCAGCCCAGAGACCAUUUAAGAUCUCUCCUGUGCCAGUGCGAAGGGUAAUCUUCUGGAACCAGAGAGGGGCUGGCAGGUGGUCAGCUGCCCUUAGACCUAGAGGUGAGAAAUUCCCAUGGUGGAAAAAGGGCCAGAAACAUUCACCAGGCAAGCUGCCCAGACACAGGAUUGGGGGAAUGUCCCUUCCCUGGGUAAAAGCAAGUCUUUUCUGGUCUUUAACGCAUGACGUAAUACUUUAACAGUGGUGGGUGAGGUGAGGACAGCAGGAGUUUGGAAGAGGGAGGUAAUAUUAGUGCAUGUUUGUUAAAAAUCCCUCCCAGGUGAAUGACUUUUUUCUUCAUCUCCAAAAUACAAGAGAAUUAUUUUUAGGUCUCCAACUUAAAAAUAAUGUCUGGAGUUAGCAGGUAGGUGGAUCAGGGCCAGCCCUGGUCCCUUAGCCCCCCACCCGUCUUAGCCUAGGGACUGUUGCCCAGGGACCCGUGGACACAGAAGCACCCCCCACCCCACGCCCUCAGGACAACUGCCAUUUCCACAUUAUCCCCAUCUUUAGCCUGAGCGUGGAUUAAGACAGAGGAGAUCACAGACACACAAGGUUAAAGAUGUUUCUUCCAUUUCAGAUUUCCAUUGUAAACAGAAGUCCUGUUAAUCCCUGCAUGCCUUUAAUUAAAAAAAAGGAAUUAGUUGAUAAAAAUUGGUGAGUCACAUUCAUACAUUAGAUUUUUUUCUUUAACUUUCAGGAUGUUGGUAUAUUCGUAAGAAAAAUAGCCUCUCUCUCAGGAUCUAGCCAAAAAGGCUGAAAGUCAAUCAGUUUAGUAAUUCACCAAAAACAGGAGCUAAAGAAAGGAAAAGGCAACUGGAGGCUAGGAUUUUCUGUUGCUGUUGUUUUUUUUUUUAAAUAAACAUCAUCAUCUAUGUGUAAUCAAAUUCCCAUAUUUUCUUCCUAUAAAGAAUUUGCUUUAGUUUUUCAAUAAGGCAUUUUUUUGUCAUCCAAACAUCUCUUCCUUUUAAAAUUUUCUUAGAGUUAAAACCACCAUAAAUAAGAGGAUUUAAACCACUAAAAUGACACGUGCCAAUAUCUUCAUUCAGCCAGACCUGGUAAAUUCUAUCAAAACUAGACAGUUAAAUAAGAACCACGUUAUAAAAAUAUUAGCCAAAAAAAGACUAUUAGAUAAUUCUGCAAACUCAAAUAUGAAACUGUACUAAACAAAAUAUGUGCAAAGGUACACAAGCAUAGAGCCACGUUGGGGGUUAUGCUCAGAUUAGUUUUAAAGCUCGCUCUAGUGGAUUUAAUUCAAGAGUUGUCCACGGUGGUGGUGUUUACUUUGAACUCACACGAGUCAAAGAAAAAUAAAAUAUGCACAACCACUUCCCCAAAAGGUGUCUUAUGGAGCCGGUGCUUCAUCGUGUCCACACCCAGGACUGCCUGGGGUGUCCCUAGGGCUGGGGGGUGGGGAGGACAAAGACAAGGCCACCAUCCCAAGUCCUGGGCCAGGCAACAUCCUGGAGACCCUCGGGCUGAGGUUAGGGGCAAGGGCAACACUGAUGACUCCACCU